AUGGUCUCAAUCCGGGCAAAGCCUCGCUUCCGACAACGCCAAAGAAUCGACCCGGAUUACUGCCCCUGUACCAUCACCCAGUAUGAGUCGGAGCGCACUGGCAUGCGUAUCAUCGUGGUGGACCAGGAAGGCCCCAAGCUGCAUGGCUUCUUCGUUCUCGCCACCGAGAUCCACGAUGACUCCGGGGCGCCCCAUACGUUAGAGCAUCUCUGCUUCAUGGGAUCUAAGAGCUACAAGUACAAGGGCUUUUUGGACAAACUCGCCACCCGAGCAUAUGCGGGCACCAACGCGUGGACAGCCACCGACCACACGGCAUACACACUAGAAACCGCCGGCUGGGCAGGCUUCGCUCAGAUUCUCCCAGUCUACCUGGAACAUGUGAUCCUGCCAACGUUGACAGAUGCCGGCUGCACGACCGAAGUGCACCAUAUCGAUGGAAGUGGCAAUGACGCUGGUGUGGUGUACUCGGAGAUGCAGGGCGUGCAAAACAUGGCGUCGGAAUUGAUCGAGCUACAAUCCAAAAGGAUUCUCUAUCCCGAAGGCGUGGGCUAUCGCUAUGAGACAGGCGGGAUGCUGGAGCAGCUCCGUGUCCUGACCGCGGACCGCAUUCGAGAAUUUCACCGAGAGAUGUACCAGCCCAAGAACCUGUGUGUAGCUAUCUUUGGAGAAGCAAAUCACGACGAGCUGCUGGCCAUUCUGGACGAAUUCGAAACCUCGAUCCUCCCCGACAUCCCCAGUCCAGACGCUCCCUUCAAACGACCGUGGAUCGAGUCCAAACUUGCGCCCGCCUUGAAUCAGACGACUUUGUUGAGAGUGGAGUUUCCCGAGGAGGACGAAUCAUCCGGUGAGAUCGACAUCCGAUUUUUGGGCCCCAAUUGUGCAGAAGCUGUGGAAUUAGGAGCUCUCAACGUUGCCCUCAACUAUCUUGCCGGCUCUUCAGCCGCAUUGCUUGACCAUGUCCUUGUAGAGAAGGAGCAGCUGGCAAGUGGAGUCUUCUAUCAGCUCGACAGCCGGCCGCGCACGGAGAUCCAGUUUUCCAUGUCCAGCGUCGAGACCAAGCGGUUGGAAGAGGUCGAGAAACGUUUCUUUGAAGUGUUGAAGGAGGCCAUGGAACAGCCUUUGAACAUGGAUUUCUUGAAGGAUUGCAUCGACCGUGUGGUUAGAACCAGCAAAUACAAUGCUGAGGGCUCCGCCACGGCAUUUGCGGACUUCAUCAUCUCCGACUACCUGUACGGAAAGAGAGAUGGGUCAACCUUGGACAUUGUGAAAUCAUUGAAGCAUUAUACCGAGACCCUCGCCAGCUGGACGGAAGAUCAGUGGAAAACCUUUAUCAAGAAGUACAUUUCGGACGCGCCUCACGUGUCGAUUCUGGGUGUGCCUUCUGCGCGUUUAUCAGAGAAGCUGAAGACAGAUGAAGCCAAUCGAAUUGAAGAGCAGAAAGCCAGAUUAGGGCCCGAGGGGCUGAAGAAAAUGCAAGAAAAGCUGGACGCCGCAAAGGCCGAGAACGACCGCGAGAUACCAAGGGACUUGCUCGGGCAAUUCAAAGUGCCCUUGACGGAUUCGAUCCACUUUGUCACCAUCAAAGGCGCACGAGCAGGCCGGGCGCUGGAUCUCGGUCGGCGGGACACCAAAUUCCAGACAAUUAUUGAUGAGGAUGCGAAAGACGUGCCACUCUUUCUCAAUUUCGAACACAUUCCCACCAGCUUCACCCGAGUUCACCUGAUUAUCUCCACCGAGAAUCUUCCUGACGACCUCCGGCCCCUGUUGGCCCUCUAUAUGGAAGCAUUUUUCAGUCUCCCAAUCAAGCGAGGCGACAGGAUUAUCGAUUUCCAGCAAGUGGUCACCGAGCUCGAGCGGGAUACCGUCGGAUAUUCCAUUGAUGCGGCGAACAACCUGGGCAACGUCGAAGGAAUUCGAGUCAGUUUCCAAGUGGAGAACGAACAGUACGGAGUGGCCAUCAAGUGGUUGACUGAAUUACUCUACAAUUCCAUCUUCGACGUGGAGCGGCUCCGGGCUGUCAAUAGUCGUCUUCUUGCCGACGUGCCCGACGCGAAGCGCAGUGGAGAUGACAUGAUGAUGACCGUCCACUUCAUGACGCACUUGGCUCCCAAGUCAAUCACCCGUGCGAGGACGAUCUUGGUCAAGGCACUCUAUCUGAAGCGUAUCAAGCAUUUGCUCAAGGCUGAUCCAGAACGAGUAGUGGGCCAGCUGGAACGACUGCGCGAUUUAUUGUGCCGCUUUGAGAACUAUCGGAUCCUGGUCAUCACUGAUCUCGAAAAGACGCAGAAGCCCGUGAGCAUUUGGAAACCUUUCCUAGAGAAGGUGACGCCGACGGAGGAGAUGAGCCCCAUUGGCCGCCGCAUCGACCGUCUCAGUGAAGCUGGCAAGAACCCUGGAAAGCUCGCGUACGUUGUUCCCAUGCCGACGAUCGAUUCGUCCUUCGCAUUCGCCGUGGCGCGUGGGCCGACCUCGUAUGACGACCCGCAGCUGCCAGCCAUCAUGGUCGCGCUGGCAUAUAUGAAUGCCGUGGAAGGGCCGCUCUGGGUCGCCGUGCGAGGCACCGGACUGGCGUACGGGACCAACAUGGGUUUCGACAUCGAAUCGGGGUUCGUCCACAUCGACGUCUACCGUUCGCCUGACGCGUACAAGGCAUUCGAAGCAUCCCGGAAGAUCGUGUCGGACUACAUGACCGGAGCUGUCGACUUCGACCCGCUCAUGUUGGAGGGAGCGAUCAGCUCCAUCGUGGUCAUGUUUGCCAAUGAGCAACAAACACUGGCAAGUGCGGCCGGCGUGAGUUUCAUUCGAAGCGUGAUGCAAUGUCUACCCGAUGACCAUAUGAAACGAAUGUUGAAGAGAGUGAGGGACGUGACCGUGCCAGAUAUUAAGGAUGCGCUGCAGAAGGUGGUAUUCAAUGUCUUUGUGCCUGGGAAGGCGGAUAUCGUGGUGACGUGUGCACCAGGAUUGAAGGAGGGCAUUGCGGGUGGCUUGAAAGACGCAGGCUUCUCUCCCGAAAUUCGCGAUCUGAAUUACUUCCAGGAUGAUUAUGGGUUCAAACGCGCCGAGGGCGAGGACGAGGAAGAGGAGGACGACGGUGAUGAGGAUGACGGUGACGAGGACGAAGACGGGGACGACGAAGAGGAUGAAGGUUCAGACGACAUCGGAGGGAGUGAAGGGUAUGAGAUCAUCGAAGGGAAUGAAGACUGA